AUGGCGCACAGGGAAGGGAAAUCGCAAUUGGCACAUCUACGGUAUUCCAAGAUACCAAAGAGCAUUGACAGUUGCAGUCUCGGUGCCAUGAACCUAUGCGAACCUGUUUCAGUCCUGCGUAGAGGCAGAAGGAAGACGAGACUGCAGGCAUCUAUGGGGCUGCAGUUGAGAGACAUCCAGGUGUUGUUUCUGGUACUGAUGGUUGUGGCUGAACCGUUUCUUUCCUGUGCUGCUGCGGAUGGUGGCAUGGCCACCCGAACGAGAAUGGCCACACCUGCAGCCGACGACGAUCCCUCGGUGACACUCACGAACUGCUUUCCCAGCGUUAUACUCAGUGCUUCCAACAUCCCAUACACCUGCGAAGUUAAAAAUGACCAAACACUAAGUGGCUUGAACCUCUCCGCAUCGUACUAUCAUAAAGGAGACCUCAUCCCUGGCUGGCCGGCGACUCUUGGUGCGAGAACCAAUACCAUUACAUUCAUGCCUAUUACUGGGGCGCCAUCAGGACGUUGGGAAUUGGUCAUAACUGAGGUUGCUGUCGAUUUAAGCUCUGUCACUCCUCGGACAACCAAUAAGAGCAUGAACUUCAUGCUGAUUGGUACGGUCCAUGCGAAUUUCAAAGUACUCUAUCCGUAUUACGGUAUGGGUGUAUCUUUUGCACCUAAUCUUCCGAGUGGCACCAUGGCUUCCGACUACAUGCUGGUCCGCUCUUUCAAUGACUGCCAGUACACCACUACAAACUGCACUGACAC